UUCCCUUGCUAGACAAGUCUGCCGUGUAAGACCCAAUUUCCCCAUUCAAUGCAUUGAUACUAUUGACUGCAAUGAGGAUCCCACCAUCUGUGGAGAGCGUUCAAUGUGUGUUAACAUAGGCGCUUCCUUCUCAUGCAAGUGUGAAGCUGGGUUCCAUUCAGUACCCAAGGAUUUCAGUGGUGCAACUACAAAAUGUGUGGAGCUGAACUGUGACUUGCAUAAUACAACGGCUUCACGUGUACAGACUCUUCCAAAAGAUUUUGGAAAUAUCUUGUCUCUGGUGAAAGACAGUUGUUUGAGUUAUUCUUUGGGUAGGGAAGUAACAAAGCAGUUGACUGGUGAAAAACAUUUGCAAGAACUAGUCAACAUUACUGAUGUUUUCCAACUGGGUCUUAAAAGGAAAACUGACAGAGGAAACAACAGUGAUGUCAUCGCGUUACUGAGUGUUGUUGAAAACAUUGUCAGACUGAUUGCAUCCCAGCUGCAGAACAACGUGACCCGCGUAAAGAGAGACAACACUGAGUUGGAGAUAGUGGUGACAAGGGACAAGGAUCCACCCACAGGACCAGUCCGCCUGACCAAUCAGAACAGUCUGCUUGACACCACUUGGGAGACUGUAAUUGGUCAUGACAAGAACUACACUGGGUUUGGAUCCGUAUUUCUGCUAAGUUAUGAAAGUCUGCAUUUCCUAACCAACAUCUCAACGGUUAGCACAGUAUCAGUUACCAACAGCAACACAACCAGAUUGCCUCAGGCUGUUAACAUCACAUUCCGACACCUUCAGUCUGAUGUUGUUGGACCCACUUGUGUGUAUUGGUCAACGGAUGGCACCGGAAAUUGGUCGAAGCAAGGCUGCACAUCACUGUUCUCAAACUCCACCCACACAGUAUGUUCAUGCAACCACCUCAGCAGUUUUGCUCUCAUUGAAAGCUUACAUGCCCCAGAGCCAAGGUGGGGAAGACUUCACUCAUCAUGUCCUUAGUGGGGGAGGAGUUUCCAGAACAUGUGCCCCUCAAAGCCGAGGAGAUCACCAUCCCUGCUGACGUCACCCCAGAGAAGGUGCCAACACACAUAGUGGACUACUCAGAAAGUGAGCAGACAAAUGAAGUCCUGAGAGAGGAGAUUGUCAAGGCCAACGUGGUGUGUGUGGUGUAUGACGUCACCAAAGAGGAAACAAUAGAUAAGAUUCGGACAAAAUGGAUCCCUUUGGUAAACGGCGAAGCAGAAAAGGGUAACAAAGUUCCUAUCAUCCUGGUGGGGAAUAAAUCGGACCUGCGUUCUGGGAGCUCCAUGGAGACCAUUCUACCCAUCAUGAACCAGUUCUCUGAGAUCGAGACGUGUGUAGAGUGUUCUGCAAAGAACCUGAAGAACAUUUCAGAACUGUUCUACUAUGCCCAGAAGGCCGUUCUCCAUCCCACCGCUCCGCUCUAUGACCCUGAAGACAAACAGCUGAAGCCGAUGUGUGUUCGAGCUCUCAGCAGAAUCUUCUGCAUCUCCGACCAAGACCACGACCGCAUCCUCAGUGACACUGAACUCAACUGUUUUCAGAAAUCGUGUUUCGGGAACCCCCUGGCCCCUCAAGCGCUGGAGGACGUGAAGACGGUUGUCUGGAAGAACACCAGCGACGGCGUUCAGGACAACGGCCUCACCCUCAACGGUUUCCUGUUCCUCAACACGUUGUUCAUCCAGAGAGGUCGUCACGAAACCACCUGGACCAUCCUGAGGAAGUUUGGCUACGAUGACACUCUGGAGCUGACUGAUGACUAUCUGUACCCACAGUUACGAGUUCCCGUCGGUUGCACCACCGAGCUCAACCAUUUAGGUCACCAGUUUCUCCAGCGGCUGUUUGACAAAUAUGAUGAGGAUAAGGACUUGGCCCUCUCACCUUCAGAGCUCAAGAAUCUCUUCUGCGUAUUUCCCUACAUGCCUUGGGGCGCGGACGUGUACACGGCCGUGUCGACGACGGACGAGGGCUACGUCUCGUUGCACGGCUACAUGUGUCAGUGGAUGCUGUCUGCUUACGUGGACGUGCACCGCUGCCUGGAGUACCUGGGAUACCUGGGAUACCCCAUCAUCACCGAGCAGGACUCCCAGACUGCAGCUGUCACAGUGACACGGGAGAAAGAUGUGGACCUGGAGAAGGGUCAGACCCAGCGCUCGGUGUUUCUGUGUAAGGUGAUCGGACCGCGAGGAACCGGAAAAACAGCCUUCCUGCAGGCCUUCCUGGGCAGGGGUGUCGCGAGAGGCGAGCGUGAGGUCGGGGCCUUCUCCCUCCACACCAUCAACACGGUCCAAGUCAGCAACCAGGAAAAAUAUCUUAUCCUUUACGAGGUUGACGUGGAGACGGCGUUCCUGAAGGCGACGGACGCGGCCUGCGACGUGGCCUGUCUUAUGUAUGACACCAGCGACCCCCAGUCCUUUGACUACUGUGCCAGCAUCUACAAGCAACACUACAUGGACAGCAGCAUCCCCUGUGUGUUGGUGGCCUCCAAGGCCGACCUCCCAGAGGUCAAGCAGUUCCACGGGAUGACCCCCGCAGAGUUCUGCUACAAACACCGCCUGCCCCCGCCCCUGCCCUUCUCCAGCCUCUCCCUGGAUGCCUCCAGCCAGAAUAUCUACACCAAGCUGGCCUGGGCUGCCAUGUUCCCACAUCUGAAUGGUUCUGACUUGAGCAGCACGUCCUUCUGGCUGAGGGUGACGUUAGGUGCAGCGGUGGUCACGGUCCUUGGAUUUGCCCUCUACAGAGUUUUUGCCCGACAGAAAUGACCGGGAUCCCAGGGGACCCUCCCUCCCUGAGCCCACCUUGAUCCAACUCUACCCUGAUCUCCAGACCAACUCCUCUCCAGACCAGCUCUUCUCCAGACCAACUACUCUCCAGAACACUCCACUUUGUCAGACCUAGUAACAAAUCUUUAAUUAUAAUCCAAGACAAAUGAAAGAUGGCGGCCAUAUCUCCCUCGCUCGCUCGCUGGCUGGCUCUGCCUUACGUUCUCAGAACCAGGCUAAGCAGGAGUUAGCCUAAUGCAUCGAUACGCCAGGAGCUGCUAUCUACACCUCACUUCAACACGGGUGCUUUAUCACAGGGAGGAAGUGCAAGUAGGUGACUUCAUGUCACGUUUCAGACCCAGAACAUUUCUUCACUAUUCCAACAUGGUAUUCACAGGGAGAAUAGAUAGGUAGGUUUUUGUUUUCUUUAUUUUAUAAGUAUGCAGUCUUUCCUAAGAAGAAGAAGAAGAAAAA